AUGGUGCUCGUCGGCACGGCCGUCGUCGGCGUCGGCUUGCCAUUCUACCGGCACCAGAAGCCCACCGGGAGCCCUGUCACGAGAAUCCUUCAGGUUUUCGUGGCAGCGUUUAGGAAAAGGAAGCUACCAGCACUGCUUGAGAAUCUGAUGGAGAUUCGGCCUGGGGUCAGUGAUGGCACAGGCACGAGCGUUGAAGUUAUGGAGAGAACUGCUGGGUUAGAGUUCCUUGACAAGGCUGCCGUGGACGACGGCGACAGACGGGCGUGGUCGGUGCGCACGGUGACGCAGGUGGAGGAGGCCAAGAUCAUCCUCCGCAUGCUGCCCAUCUUCCUCAGCUCCGUCCUCGCCUACGUCCCGUUCUCGCUGCUCCUCUCCCUCACCGUGCAGCAGGGCGGGGCCAUGGACACCCGCCUCGGCGCCCUCCGCAUCCCGCCGGGGAGCCUCUUCGUCGUCCCCAUCGUGUUCCAGGUGCUCAUCCUGGUGGCCUACGACCGCGCCGCCGUGCUGUGGCUGCGCCGCGCGACGGGCUACGCCGGCGGCGUCACGCACCUGCAGCGCGUGGGCGUGGGCUUCCUGUCCAGCGCCGCCGCUCUCGCCACGGCCGCCGCGGUCGAGGGCCGCCGCAGGAGGCGCGCUGCCGUGGCGGGCGCUCCGCCCAUGUCGGCGUUCCUGCUGACGCCGCAGUACCUCGCGAUCGGCGUCAUGGACGUCACCUCCUUCCUCGGCCUGCUCGAGUUCUUCUCCAGCGAGGCGUCGGCGGGCAUCAAGUCCAUCGGCAGCUCCAUCGUCUUCAGGAUGUAA